AUGCGCCGUAUUUCGCCAAUGGCGGUGGAAGAGGUGAUUGAGAUGCAAGGAUUAAGUCUCGACCCGACAUCUCACCGAGUGAUGGCGGGCGAAGAGCCGCUGGAGAUGGGGCCGACAGAAUUUAAACUGCUGCACUUUUUUAUGACGCAUCCUGAGCGCGUGUACAGCCGCGAGCAGCUGUUAAACCACGUCUGGGGAACUAACGUGUAUGUGGAAGAUCGUACGGUCGAUGUCCACAUUCGUCGCCUACGUAAAGCACUGGAGCCAGGCGGGCAUGACCGCAUGGUGCAGACCGUGCGCGGUACAGGAUAUCGUUUUUCAACCCGCUUUUAA